GUGAAGGGGAGGCAAAGAUAGAGCGAGGAAGAUUGAAACCGAGGACAUUUCUUCUUUCGUUCAGAAGCACUUCCUCUCUGACCCCUCGCUCAACUAGCCUUUUUUUCCCAGAUGCCAAUGAGAAACCCUGACCCCAUAAUGACACCCCGCUAUGAGGACAUCGAGCGACAGUAUGCCUCCCUGCCCAGAAGAGAGCCAGUCGAACCUAAUGAGUAUUCCAUGCAGCCGUGGGCUGGACACAGGGACCCAGCACCCUACCCAAACCCACAGUCCGGUUACCAGCCCAGCUACCCUCCCAGAAAUAACUACCCUCGCCCUGUGGACCCCCGGCAGAAUGACUCAGGAUUCCAUCACCCUCCUCCACAGCAGAGAGGCCCACUUCGACAGGAUGUGCCCCCUUCUCCCACCAUACCCCUCCAAGGCCCGUGCUUUGACACCAUGAACCGUGGCGGCUACCGCAACACCAGCCCAGAACGUUAUGCAUAUGGAGAGGUGCGUCACUCAGACCCAAGACAGAAGAGUCCGAUGACGGCGGCUGUUUAACCUCAACAUUUGUUUUUCACCCUGCGUAUGAUGUUUCUAGAGCAAGCACCAAGGUGCCUACAGUUAUGGACAGGUGUUUACCUGUUUUUUACUAACAAUUUGCUCUAUACUAUCCCAUCUUGAUAGCCAAAGCUACAUCUUAGAGUCCCGGCACAGCGUUUGCAGGUACAAUGAUCCAUAUGUAAUUCAGUCACACUCAGACAGUCCGUCCAUAUAUUUGUGUGUCUGUAAGAUUAAUGUUGGCCCUCAGAUCCAUAAUCACAUUCCAGCACCACUUUUAUUAGCACAUUAUUGUGCAAUCUUUACAGUGAUCAUUUGAAACUCUGGUAUGGGUGUACGUGUGUCUGCUUUUGUUUAUGUGAAAUAUGUUAGAGCACUCCAUAUACUCUUUUUAAAUUUAACAUUUCUAUAAUGGAAGGAUAUUAAGCCACUAUACGAGAUUCAAAUCAACAUUGUUUCAUUCUGCAAACAUCUUAAAUUAAAUUAAAUUAAACAUCUUAUUUGGUCAUGUAUAACAAAAAAGUACAACAAUUUCGUACUGAAAAUCUUAGUCUUGAAUAUUUUGUAAAAAUACCACAGUACAAUUGUCCUGUAUGUGAAGUUAUGUAAACAGAGGGAGAUGACAAAAAAGGCUGUUUUUCUGGAAGAGGAAAGGAGAGCCUAAAGAACCUCUGACACAGAGGAAGGAAGGAUGAGAAUCGCUCAUCUUUCUUGGCUUACAGCAUUCCCACCUGAAUCUACUCCUAUGAAUGAGCUGCCUCUCAUUUGUUUUAAGAUUUUUUACUUUUCUGAUAAUAUUACAUUCAUGUUUAAUUUUUUCACAUGUAUUUUGGUACGAAAGACUCUUUGCAUUCAGAGUUCAGGUAAAAUGAUAAAUAAAAGUAUUAUUGAUUGUAGUAUGUGAUAAUCAUGUGAAACAUAUGUAGUUUUUUACAAAACGGAAAGAUCUGUGCACCUAGUAUCACUGCAUACAUUAAUACUAUGUACAAAAUGUUGUCUUUUAUAUAACACAUUUUCAAUAAAUAUGCAUUUG